GUGCUGUUAUUGUUGGGGGGAUACGAAGUCCCUGCUGGCAUCCCUACUGUUAAUGUGGCUCCCCAAAGUCAGAGGGCUUCAGGCGACUUCCCUGGAAGAUUGAAUCAACCGCAAAGAGCUGCUUCUUUAAAUCGUUUUAGGGAAAAGAGAAAGGAACGGUGUUUUGAUAAGAAGAUCCGCUAUACUGUGCGGAAGGAAGUUGCAAUGAGGAUGCAGCGUAAGAAGGGUCAGUUUACAUCUGCCAAGUCAAUAUCUGACGAAGCAGGUUCUUCUUCUGCAGAUUGGAAUGAUGGCUCUGGUCAAGAAGAGCAGGAAACAUCAUGUAGACAUUGUGGUAUUAGUUCGAAAUCCACUCCUAUGAUGCGUCGUGGACCAGCUGGUCCAAGGUCUCUUUGUAAUGCAUGUGGACUCAAGUGGGCCAACAAG